AUGGCUCCGCCUCGCCACCGUGCCCGUACACCGGAGACGCCCACAAAUGAGCAGCUGGCUCAGAACCUACAGCAGCUGACUCAGACAAUGCAGACGUUGAGCGAUGCCCUCUUGCACAAAAACAACCCUACUCCGCCGCCGCUAGCUGGGAAUCGAGAUGUGGGCCGCUUAGUUUCGGGGCAUAGGCCGUCCGUCUUUGCUGGAUUAGAAGACCCUGUUCUGCUUGAGGAGUGGAUCAGGUCCUUGGACAAGAUUUUUGCCGUAGUGGGUUGUCUGGACGACCUCCGCGUCGAGUUGGCUACGUUCUACUUUAGCCACGAGGCGAAUCUUUGGUGGGUGCAUGAAGGACCGACGUGGCUAGAAGAGCCAGGGUUCGAUUGGUCGGCUUUGAAGGAUAAGUUAGGAGAGAGAUUCUACCCGUCCCACGUUAGGGCGGCCAUGUACGAAGAGUUCCUGCAUCUCCAACAAGGGUCAUCAACCGUGGUGGAGUACCACAAACGCUUCCUCGAGUUGGCUCGCUAUGCGCGGAUGUUGGUUCCCACCGAGUUGGCUAAGGUGGAGAAGUUCGUUGCGGGGCUCAACUAUGAAGCCAGGAAAGCUUUGAUGGUGAACGGGCCUAAGACGCUCAAUGAGGCUUAUCUGAGUGCAGCAGAUCUGUACCGAGUGCAACAGCUUCAAAGGGGAUCUAAUGAGUUGGCUAGGAAGAGAAGCGAAGGGAGUGGAUCUCAAAGUUUCAAGAGGACAAGGCAAGAUUUUAGAGCAAGACCAGCUCCUUCUCAGCCCCAGGGACCGGCUCGGACCGAUUUUGGAGAGAGAGGGAGACCCUUCGGAUGCAAGAGAUGUGGGAAGGAUCACAUCGGAAAAGAUUGUCAGGGUAACGCGCUCUAG